GGCCAACAACCCAAUUGUUUGUUUGCCGUGAGCUUGCUUUACCUCUGGAUCUCUUCUCUGGCUCCUACUUGGCAGACGAUCUUAGCUGGUGCUUACUGAGCCUCCUGCUUUUUUGCUGUGGAGUUUGUUGGCAGGCAGACCGAGAGAGAGAAAGUGAGAGGGAGAGCUCCCCGUUCGUUGCGACUGUUCCGUUUCCAUACGGCAUAUCUAUCGCACCAAUCCGGAUAUAUUUUCAUAUCCUCGCAAGUCCAACAUGGUCGUCUUCGAUAACCACGAGUAUCUCACCGAGGAGGAGCGGAGGCUCAAGGAGGACCGCGACCGCACCAAGUAUUGGAAGAAAUGGGGCCCUUAUGUCGCCGAGAGGCAAUGGGCGACUGUGCGAGAGGAUUACAGCGCAGACGGCGAUGCAUGGAGUCAUUUCCCGCACGAUCACGCCCGGUCUCGCGCAUACAGAUGGGGUGAAGACGGCAUCGCUGGUGUUUGCGACACCCAUGGCUACCAGAACAUUGCCUUUGCGUUCUGGAACGAGAAGGACCCCUUUCUCAAGGAGCGCCUGUUCGGCUUGUCCAACCCCCAAGGGAACCACGGCGAGAGCAUCAAGGAGGCUCAUUUUCACCUGGACAAUACACCGACGCACUCGUACAUGAAAUAUCUGUACAAAUACCCGCAAAAGGCAUUCCCCUAUGAGGAUCUUCUCAUCGAAAAUGCGAAGCGAGGCAAGGACGAUAAGGAAUACCAGAUUCUUGACACCGGCGUGUUCGACGAGGACCGCUACUGGGAUAUCUUCAUCGAGACCGCCAAAGAAGAUGACGACCCCGACGAGCUCCUGUUCCGUGUCACUGCCUGGAACAGAGGCCCCGAGCGUGCGCCCCUCCACAUCAUCCCCCAUGUGUGGUUCCGCAACACCUGGUCUUGGGGCCGCGAGCCUGCCGAGAACAGGCCUUCCAUAGGUGUUCACGACGAGUACCUGCUCAAGUCGAAGCAUCACCAACUGGGAGACCGCUACGUCCUUCUGUCUCCAUCUCCCGGUGUCGGCCCUAGCGGGGAAGAUGUCCAGCCUGAGCUGCUGUUCACUGAAAACGAGACUAACUUUGAGAUGCUGUACGGGGGCAAAAACGAGUCACAAUACGUCAAGGACGCGUUCCACCGCCACAUUGUCAACCAAGAAAAGGGUGCGGUCAACCCGGCUCAAAUUGGCACCAAGGCGGCUGCUCGGUUUACAUUCAACGAAGCGGGUGGUGUUGACCCCGGCGAGUGCGCAGUCGUUCGGUUCCGGUUUUCGAAGAAACCCGAGACAUACCUCGACGAGGAAGAGUUUGACGAUAUCAUCGAGAAGAAGCGUGAGGAGGCCGAUGACUUCUACUACCACAUCAGUCCUCUACCAAUGGCAGACGACCUCCGCAACAUCCAGAGACAAGCCUUUGCAGGCAUGAUGUGGUGCAAACAGCAUUACCUCUUCAUCUGGGAGGAGUGGGCAAACGGUGACCCGGUCCAGCCGCCGCCGCCGCCCGGUCGGAAAGGCAUUCGCAAUGCUGCGUGGAGACACCUUCACUGCGACGACAUCUUGUCAAUGCCCGACUCUUGGGAGUAUCCCUUCUUUGCCGCGUGGGACACCAGUUUUCACUGCAUCACCCUGGCCAUGAUCGACCCGGAUUUCGCCAAGAAGCAGCUGGAUCUCUUUACCCGCGAGUGGUACUGCCAUCCGAAUGGCCAGCUCCCUGCCUAUGAAUGGAAUUUCAGUGAUGUCAACCCUCCAGUGCAUGCUUGGGCAACAUUCCGCGUCUUCAAGAUCGAGCGUAAGCUCUACGGAAGGCAGGAUCUUGAUUUCCUUGAAAGAGUGUUCCAGAAGUUGCUCCUCAACUUCACAUGGUGGGUAAACCGGAAGGACGUCGAGGGUAAGAACGUCUUUGAGGGAGGCUUCCUCGGACUGGACAACAUCGGCCUGUUCAACCGCUCGGAGCCGCUACCCACAGGCGGUACCCUGGAGCAAGCAGACAGCACAGGCUGGAUGGCCUUCUACUGCCUCAACAUGCUCAACAUCGCCCUGGAGCUGGCCAAGCACCGGCGCAUCUACGAGGAUAUUGCGACCAAGUUCUUCGAGCACUUCAUCUUGAUUAGCGACGCCAUGACUUUCCGGAUGGGCGAAAAGGAGGCGCAGUCGCUCUGGAACGAGCAGGACGGCUUCUACUACGAUGCCAUUUCGUGGGGCGGUCCCUGGAUCCAACAGCUGCCCGUCCGGUCUCUAGUUGGCCUGAUUCCUCUGUAUGCGACCCUCACCCUGGAGCCGGAGCUCAUCAACAGGCUUCCCGCCUUCAAGAAGCGCGUGGAGUGGUUCAUGAACAACCGCUGCGAUGUAGCCGAGCGGACAAUGCACAGCAUCCGUACCCGCGGCAGGGGUAACAGAAUUCUUCUGUCCCUCGUGAACAAGGAGCGGCUCGUCAAGAUCCUCGAACGCAUGCUGGAUGAGGACGAGUUCUUCAGUCCGCACGGUAUCCGCUCCUUGUCUAAAUACCACAAGGAGCACCCCUACUCCAUGGAGGUAAACGGGCAGGUCUUCAAGGUUGGCUACGUUCCUGGUGAUUCGGACAGCGGCCUCUUCGGCGGCAACAGCAACUGGCGAGGGCCGAUCUGGCUGUGCGUCAACUUCCUUCUCGUUGAAUCGCUUCAGCGCUUCUACCUCUUCCAUGGGCAGAACCUGCAGGUCGAAUGUCCCGUGGGCUCGGGCGACUACAUCCACCUGGGCCAUGUUGCGGAGGAGAUCCAACACCGUCUCCAGCACCUCUUUGCGCGCGACAACGAAGGCCGCCGCAGCAUCAACGGCGGCAACGACACGCUCGACUUUGACCCGCACUGGAGGGACUACCUCUGGUUCUACGAGUUCUUUGACGGCGACACGGGCCGCGGACUCGGCGCGACACACCAAUGUGGCUGGACUGGCCUCAUUGCCCGCAUGAUCCACGACACUGGCGUAAACUGCCGCCUCCCGCAGACACCGCGCACCCCGCGCGCUGGCAUGUCGCACUACUUCGACGACAUCAUCCACCGCAGCGCCCAACCGCCCGGCGCGCAAACCCCCAACAUGCUGUCCCCCACGACGCCCCGCCUCGGCCUCCGCCGCAGUUCGACGAGCCGCUCACUCGCGGCGAGGAGCGACUACAGCGUGAAUGGGUAUGACACCGGGGCGGAGGAGAGCGGUGACGAGACGCCUGGCGCCUCGAGGCCGCACAAUGGUGGCAGGAGGGGCUCGGUCAACCCCAGCCUGCUGCACGAUCCCGAGCGGGCCAAGGAGAGGGCUGAGGCGGAUGCGCAUCUGCAUUCGUAUAUUAGCCAGCAGUUGGAGAGGGUGCGGAUGGAGCGGGGGGAUGGGGAGGAGGAGGUGGAUGAGCUUGAGACGACGCCUUGAUGUUACUUGGGCUUGGGUGGUGGCUGGUUUUGGUAAUCGAUAGCGGAGAGCGGUGGGUUUCUGGGGUUUGUUUGUGGUUGGGUGAGAUGUGAUAGACAGGCUGAGACAGCUGAGACAGGUAUAUAGAUCAGA